CAACGGCCGCGGAUAAUAGGGUCCGCAUGUCUUCGAUCCUGUCUGCUGGCGGGGAACUUCUUUGCACUCUCGCCAUUGCUGUCCUUUCUGCCUUCAAGAGUGGAUAGCAAUGCAUUUCUCGGACCCUUUGGUGCCAGUUGAGCGCCACGUACAACAUUCAAUUGCGCGCCUGCCAACGUGGCUCAGUCGAUGGCUUGGAUAUCGCAGAGAGAAACUUGGUCCUUCGCCUACGCUCAUUGUUUGCAUAUAUGGUUUCAUUGGAUCCUUCUGCGGUCUCUCAAUCCUAUUGGCCAUAUUUCAACAUACAGAUUACUUCACGAGCCGUAAUGUUCCUCCCAUUGUCGCCUCAUUUGGCGCAUCCGCCAUUUUGGUAUAUGGUGCUAUCGAUGUACCUCUUGCCCAGCCCAGGAGUCUGAUUUUCGGCCACUUCUUCAGCGCCCUCACCGGCGUCAUCGUGGCCACCAUAUUCGACCUGAAUCUGCACAAUCAGGAAAACGUCACCUACCAAUGGCUAGCAGCAUCCCUCUCGACCGCAAUCGCCCUAAUAGUGAUGCACCUCACGAAGACGACGCACCCACCGGCAGGCGCCACGGCGCUGAUGCCAUGCACCGAUCCCGUUAUAUGGGCACUCCGCUGGUAUUUCUUACCCGUCGUACUUCUCUCCUCAACGAUGGUUCUUGCAACGGCUCUCAUAGUCAACAAUAUCCAGCGGCAGUAUCCUAAGUUCUGGUUUGCUGCAUUACCUCUCCCGGCUCCUCAGCUAGCAGAGAAGCAGCAAAAUGGGGCGGCUACUGCUCCGGUGCCAAAGGCGGAACGAGACGGUUCGGUUGGGUCGAACAUCCUCCGGGAUUUGGAGACGGGACCCAUAUGAUG